AUGGCCGCCGCACUUGAAGAAACAACCGUCUCGUACGAAGACCUCGCAGCCAUUGAGCGCGAAUUCGACGAUGUAGAGACUGAGAUCAAUCAAACACCGAAGAUGGGGAAAGAAGGAAAGAAGAAAACUAACGCGCCUUUUCUCUCAGUAAGAAAACAAACCGAACUCACCACCCCCCUCUACGCCUCGCGCCAAAAAACCCUCUCCGCAAUCCCCAACUUCUGGCCCCUCGUCCUCGAGCAAGCACCCCCAGACAUUGACCAAUACAUCCAGCCCUCGGACUCGGCGCUCCUCCUCUCCUCCCUAACCUCCUUCAGCGUAUCGCGCUUCGAGGCGCCCGCCGAGCCGCGCUCCAUCACCCUGCGCUUCGAGUUUAGCGACAACGAGUAUUUCGAGGACGCGGUGCUGGAGAAGCGCUUCUGGUACCGCCGGGCGGCCGAUGGCUGGCAGGGCUUGGUGUCGGAGCCCGUGGGGAUCCGGUGGAGGGAGGGCAGGGAUUUAUGCGGUGGGUUGUUGGGGUUAGUAGGGAAGGCUUAUGCUUCUUCUCCUGCUGCUACACCUGCGUCCAAGAAGGAAAAGACGACGACGACGACAAAAGUCACAGCUGAGCAGAAGGAGCUGGCGAAGACGAUUGAGAAUACCGGGAUGGGCGGGCUGAGCUUCUUUGCGUUUUUCGGCUUCAUAGGGCGCCGGAUCAGCGCCGAGGAGAACGCGGCUGCGGUUGAGGAGGCGCGGAAGGGGGGCGCGAGGAAAUUAGAAGAGGGCGAUGGUGAUGAGGGGGAUGAUAUGGAGGAUUUGGAGCUGGAUAUGAGUCUGGAGAUCUUUCCGGAUGGCGAGGAGCUUGCGUUGGCGUUUGCGGAUGAUCUUUGGCCAGGCGCUAUCAAGUAUUUCACACAAGCACAAGAGCAAGACGCACUCUCCGAUGCCGAUUUCGAAGAUUCAGACGCCGAAAUCGAAGAUCUGGACGAUCAAGAAGUUGGCGCUGACGACGAUGACGACGAUGCAAGACCUACGAAGAAGCAGCGUUCUUCUUAG